AUGCUGUAUCUAUCACUGCACUUGCUCUUUCGUUUUGAUCCACGCAAACUGAAUUGUUAUUAGAAGGCAUCUCUGGAGCCGAAGGCAACCACUCUCCUGCUCAGCUCAUCGCCACAAAAUUCAGCUCUCGGUAAUCAAUGGAUUCUCACCGCCUCCACGCUCUCAAGGCCUUCGACGACACCCAAGCCGGCGUGAAAGGCCUCGUGGACGCCGGCGUCACCGCCAUCCCCUCCAUCUUCCGCCACCGACCGGAAUCCCUUCUCCCCUGCUCCGCCGCCACGGGCGUCACCAUCCCGGUCAUCGACCUCGCGCCCGGCGCCGCCGCCGCGCGGGCCGACCUGGUCGCGCAGGUGAAGGCGGCCGCGCAGACGGCGGGCUUCUUCCAGGUGGUCAACCACGGCGUCCCCGAGACGGCCAUGUCGGCGAUGCUGGCCGCCGUGAAGCGCUUCAACGAGGAGCCGGCCGAGGCGAAGCGGGCCUACUACACGCGCGACGCGGCGCGGCGGGUGAGGUUCCAGAGCAACUUCGACCUGUUCCAGUCCCCCGCGGCCAACUGGCGCGACACGCUGCUAAUCGACAUGGCGCCGGAGCCGCCGGCGCCCGAAGAGAUCCCGCCGGCUUGUAGAGCCGUCUUGUUUGAGUACACCGGACGGGUGCACAGUCUUGCACGCAACCUGUUCGAGCUUUUGUCUGAGGCGCUUGGCGGCGUCGGCGGUUGCGCUCUGGACACCAUGAAUUUCGCGGGGCACUACUACCCGGCGUGCCCCGAGCCGCACCUGACGCUGGGCACCACCAGCCACUCCGACCCGGGCUACCUCACCGUGCUGCUCCAGGACGCCGUCGGGGGCCUCCAGGUGCUCCUCGACGGCCUCGGCAAGGAGAAGGCUUGGGUGGAGGUUCCCGCGGUGGCCGGCGCGCUGGUGGUCAACAUCGGCGACUACCUGCAGCUGGUGUCCAACGACAUGUUCAGGAGCGUGGAGCACCGGGUGGUGGCCAGCAGCGUGGGGCCACGCAUCUCCGUGGCGUGCUUCUUCCGCCCGGCGGACACGACGGUGCUCCGGCCGAUCGUCUCUGACGAUGGCGAGGAGGCGAGGUACAGGAGCGCGACGGUGGAGGAGCUGACCACGCACUACCGGCUCAAGGGCCUCGACGGCACCUCUGCGCUCCGACACUUCAGGCUCUGAAAUCUGAAUUCAACGCACAGUUCCAGAUCGGAAGUGAAGCUGAGAUUCCAGAUCUCAUCCACAACCUGCAGCCUAUGAUGAUCGCGGCACCAUAAGCUAUUGAUUUUCAAAUGUAAGAGAUUGAAGCAGAGCCACAGUACAAUCUUCUCAGAAAGUCGCUUGCACAGGAGGAAAUCCAAGGCCCAUUCGAGGCUUUUAUGCGCA